AAAAAAUAAUAAUGAUAAUGCUAUGAGAGAAAAUUGUCUCGCACGAAAGCUGUAUCAAUAAUUUGACUGGGGUCAGCUAAAACACCUCUUUCAUUCGUUACCUAACCUAGGUGAUAGACUACAAGUAACCAACUUGCGAAGCUUCAAUAGUCGAGAAAAGGUAACACACCUGCUAUGUCGUCGUCAUCAUUGUAUUUAUAAAAAUAGCACCUCAAAAAAAUGCCAAUUACACAAGAACACAAAGACCAGGUACGAAGAACCCCUAUUUUAUAAACAUUUGUUCGCACUGACAGCUCAGUAUAAAGUGGUUAUUUGUCUGUAUUGAGAGCCUAUGUUUGUGUGCGUGGGUCCCUGCGCAGGAGUGUCCUGUGUAGAGGUUAGCCCGAGCGGCCUUCACCAGAGAUGCAUUGGGACCGGUUAACUUCGAUUUAUCAUUGGUAUUGAAAGUUUUUGUGAUUGUGUCACGAAGCUUACUAAAACAAAGCCUUAAUAAACUUUAAUAUCAUAAUAAAACUAAACUGAACGUGUAUUUUUUAAAUGAAAGUUUGAAACAUAAAAGCAAAAGUAACACGUGUUUUAAAUUGUCAACAUGCGAACAUGGAAACGACAGAAACCGGUAGUAUUUGGGGUUAUGGCCAUACGAGUAUUAUAAACUAAAUAUGCGUAAUGUAAAAUGAUAAUUUGGCGAGCUUGUAACGCGUGUUGUGUUUCUCGAGUCAACUUCGAAGCUCCGAGGCUCUCGAGUCCGCUCCGUGCCUCCUUGUAGUGGGAGAGCAAAACCUGUAGAUACUGUUCGCCCACUUCGAGACGGAGUACCUGCGCAUGCUUCGUCCCUUUCACUCACGCCGCGGUGCACGCCAAAACGAGAAUGUCCGUUUCACCUCACCACUCUGGUAUGCAAAGAUUGAUAGCUUAUAUGACCAUUUGCUUUUGAGAGUCCCCCAGAAAUCACGCACGGUUAACUUUUCGCCGCCUGGCGUCCUUACGAUCGGCCAGACGUUGUGCUCAACCAAACUUGUAACAUACUCUUUAAUUUCCGAGAAAACUUUUGUAGUUCACAUCGUAAUGUUAUUACGGCGGUUUAUUGAUUCAAGUCGGUGGUGUAACUCGUUUGUUUGAACUAAGCCAGUGAAGCCUUACCCAGUAGGGUCAGGCGCCAGUGUGUUCUCUAUUACUGUGCCUAGAUGCGUUUUUCUCUAGUGACUAAUUCUGGUGUGAGUGGUAUUCGGGGGCUGGAAGUUUGAGCGUGGAGUGCAAUGUGUGGCUGAAACUUUGUGAUAAGGAUAAUGGAUCCAAUAGCAACAGACAACGGAUUAGUGGUGAAUAAUUUGAACCACGUCCGGAGUGAGUCUCAGACAGCCGAGCGCAGUGCAGGAUGGGAGACACACCGGGUGCGCCUCAACAGGGUGCCCGGCUACGGGUUCGGGAUAGCCGUGUCGGGGGGGAGGGAUAACCCCCAUUUCGCCAGCGGUGAUCCUUCCAUAGCUGUCUCGGAUGUAUUAAGAGGGGGACCGGCUGAAGAUAAGCUACAAGUAAACGACAGAAUAGUUUCUGUGAACGGCGUACCGUUGGAAAAUGUGGAGUACGCGCGCGCGGUGCAAGUGUUGCGCGACAGUGGCGCCACUGUGUCGCUGGUGGUCCGCCGGCGUGCGCCCGCGCCGCCGCCCACCGCGCCUACUACUAUUAAGCUGUCGCUUACUAGGAAUGGGAAGAAAGAAGAUUUUGGAUUAGUAUUAGGAUGCAAACUCUACGUCAAGGAACUCACAAUGCGUGCCAGAGAACAGCUGAACCAAGGAGGCCAGGGUCUCUGCGAAGGUGACAUGGUGACCAGGAUCAACAACACGCCGGUUACCGACGCUAUGACCCUGAAAGAAGCCAGGAAACUGAUCGAGUCCUGCAAGGACCGCCUGAACCUGGUCGUCACCAGAGAACUUAUAAGGGAAGAAACAGUCACUAACGGAAAUUAUCAGAAUAAUUAUAAUAGUCUAGAAGCAAGUCCACUAAACGUAUACGGUGCGGCAGAAGCCUCCCCGGGGUACUCAAGCAGCGGACAGAACUUGUACGUGGCGGCGCCAGUGCGCGGCGGAGAUGCACGACGAGGCCCGAUGUCGCACGAACAGCUCGACCAGCCGCCGCGACCGCCGCCGCCCAGGAACGAAGAUUACUACAGCAGUAGAAGACAACUUUAUGAAGAGGAAGCCAUGAAUAAUCAAAGAAAUAAGCCAUCAAGUGAGCCUCGUCUAAUAAGUUUCCAAAAGGAAGGCUCAGUGGGACUGCGGCUAUGUGGCGGCAACAGGUCCGGAGUGUUCGUGUCCGGGGUCCAGCCCACUAGCCCAGCUGCAUUGCAAGGGCUGCAACCUGCUGAUAAAAUACUUAAGUUCUGUGCGUUGGAGCAGGUGAACGACAUGGAGAUGAAGGGCGUGACGCGCGAGGAGGCGGUGUUGUUCCUGCUGAGCCUGCAGGACCGCAUCGACCUGAUCGUGCAGCAUGCUCCCGAUGAUUAUAAUGCGGUGGCUAGUGGACAGAUGCCCGGUGACUCAUUCCACAUAAAGACACAUUUCCACUACACGGAGCCGACAGACGGAGAGAUGUCCUUCCGAUGCGGCGACGUGUUCCACGUUGUGGACACGCUGCACAACGGUACUGUGGGGGCCUGGCAGGUCUAUAGGAUAGGUCGCAACAACCAAGAAGUCCAAAAGGGAACGAUUCCCAACAAAGCUCGCGCAGAAGAGCUGGCAACAGCGCAGUUUAACGCCACGAAGAAGGAGAUGUCUGGCAACGACGGGAAACACAACUUCUUUAGACGACGCCGCUCUACGCAUAGGCGUAGCAAGAGUUUGGGCAAGGAACAUUGGGACGAAGUGGUCCUAUCAGACAGUAUAAGCAAGUUCCCUGCUUACGAGCGCGUCGUACUGAAGCAGCCCGGCUUCGUGCGCCCCGUCAUAGUGCUCGGCGCAGUCGCUGAUAUAGCGAGGGAAAGACUGCUCACUGAAAGUCCUGAUAAGUUUUCAUCACCAAAAAUGGACAGUACUCUAGAAGAUACCAAAACGAAGUCGACCGGUAUAAUCCGUCUGUCGAGCAUCAGGACGGUCAUGGAAAGGGGAAAGCAUGCCUUACUGGACAUCACACCGAACGCCGUGGACAGGCUCAACUACGCCCAGUUCUACCCCAUCGUGAUAUUCCUGAAGGCAGACAACAAACAUAUCAUUAAACAACUCAGAGCUGGUCUGCCAAAGUCCGCCCACAAGUCAUCCAAAAAGCUCCUAGAACAAUGCCAGCAUAUGGAACGUGUUUGGGGACACGUGUUCACUCACACCAUCACAUUGAGCGAAGCCAACCAGAACACAUGGUUCAGCAAGCUCAUAGACCUCAUACAGAGGACGCAGCAACAACAGCUGUGGGUUUCCGAGACCAAGAGGCCUGAGCCGUUGUCCGACGACUUUUUGUUCUCAAUGUCUUCGAGUACUGAGAACAGACUGUCUUACGCUUCGAGUCCUGAAAGUGACUUGGAAGUGAGUCCCCCGCCGGCGCCAAGACUCGUGAAGUCGUCUUCGGAUCCUUCGAUCGCGACGACUCAGGAUAAUAUGGAUCGAGACGACGAUAUCAACCAUAUGGCCGACGCUGUGCCACCGCCUUAUACGCAAGGCGGCUACGGAGACAGCAAGUACGGCUUCUCAGCGACUACGAAUGGCGCUCCGACGAACGGCGUGAAUCACAACCAAUCCCACAACAUGGGCAAUAACGAGGCGCCCCCGUACCAAUGUAACCCCAUGACUCACUCGCCUCCGCACUCCCCGUUGUAUGGUACCGUACCAGAGCUGCCCCCGCGCGGCACCGUGAGCCGGCCCGCGGGCGGCGUGCUGCUGCCCGCGCCGCCGCCCGGCCGCCCGCCGCACAACCUCAGGCAUAAUACUAAUCAAAACCGUCCAAGUGCCCAAGAGCGCUUGUUCGGGCCGCCUAAAGAUAGCGGCAGUGAUGAGGCCGCGACAUACACUGCGCGCCCAACCAGCAUGAUCAUACAGCCCGCGCAGGGACAGGGCUCACUGGACAGGCAUCGACACCCUAACAACCCGCAAGGUUCAUACGACGGUACAGCGUAUGACUACAGCGGCGCGUCCAACAACGGCUCGGCGGUGGGUUCGUGCCGACUGCCGCCGAACGCGCCCGACGACCUCAAAGUGGCGCCACCGUCUAUCAGUAAAAUGGAGCCUCCACCGCCUCCAAACCCGACAGCCAUGUCCCAGAGCAACAUGACGCAGAGCCCGCAGAGGAACUCCAACUCGCACGAACACAACUCACUCGAUUACAGAAGUCCAGAUCAAAACUACAGUAGGCCCCCCGAGUACCGUAGCCCCCAGUCGAGCCGGCCGCCCCCCAUGAACGGCAACAGCCCCCACACACCGAUGCACGCCCGGGGACCAUCGCUGCCGAAUGUGCCUACCAAUGACCAUGCCAAAUAUAGUGGGCGUACAAACUCGGCGUCUCAAGCGGACUACACCGGUCGCGGCGGCGCGGCCGUCCCGCCCUACAAGCCCGUGCCGCCGCCCAAGCCCAAGCACUACCGCCCGCCCGACAACCAUCAUCCCAGAAACGGGAGCCUGGACCCCCCCGGUCCGCCAGCCCCGGGCGCCCCCGGCCCCCCCGGGCCCCCGGGCGCGGGGCGCGGCUUCCCCCCGGCGCCGCACUACUCGCACCAGCACUCACACUCGCAGCCCGCACACCGCCCCCACAACCACAACAACUACCAACAGCAGCAGAACAUGUACGGCGGUCAGAUGCCGCCGCAGUCUCCGCCGUACUCCGGACCACCGUCGCAUCACCGAGCCAUCAACCUUCCACACAAUCCACAUCUCAUAGAUUUAGCAGGUAGUAGAGAACAGCGCGGCUCUGCGUUCGAGCUUUACAGGAAACCUCAACACAUGCAUAACUUAAGUUCAUCAGAUGCCAUGAACUCAAGUGUGGAGCGCGACGAGACGUUCUCACCAAAAACUAAAAAGAAAUUAUCUAAAAAACCAUCGUUCAUUAAAAACGCCGUCCUUGAUCUAUUCCGUUCGAAAACGAAAAAUUCACAAAAAGUGUCUCGGCAGAAGUCACUCUGCGAAAGUGACUUGCAGCAGAGACAUAACGCGCCCCAAAUGCCGAUGUUGAGACGUGAGAAGUCUGACCUCGGUGACAUGAGCAUACACAUGAGGAACACGCAAAUCAGGAACCAAAUGUUGCAAAGGAGCAACUCAUCCUCUUGCGAGAAACCGGUUCUAAAGCCGAUACUUAAACGACAAAGCUCAUUUUGCGAUGAACGAAACGGGUCCAUCUGUACCGUCAGAGACUAUGACGCUAAACCAGUCAUGAAGAGCUUACGAAGGCAGAAUUCCAUGUGUGACAUAGAAACAGAACCGAAAGUUACCCCGCUGUUGCGUAGACAGAAUUCUCUCAUAGAGUACAACAGGAGAGGCAUCUACGGACAGACAUCCAGCUUUAAUAUGAUUACCAAAAUAGACCCCAUCUACCAAAGACAGCAACAAGUUAAACAUGAACCAUUUCACCCAACGCAGCCGUUACCUCCAGAACCAUUGUACCAAAGCAAAGAUCAUAUUGUUUAUGACCCUAUCCCUAAACCUCGCAGGACUUACACGUCUAUUUAUGAUACUUCUACCGAAAAUCCUUACGCUAGUAGAUCAGAAAUGUCAAACCAGAGUUUUGAGAACCCUUACGGGAAUCGACAAACUUUGGAAAUGCCGCUAAUGGACCCACCAUAUGCUACGAGAGCUGAAUGCAUUCGAGAGAGCCCCUAUGCGACAAGGAAUGAACGAAUUAGGGAAAGUCCUUACGCUACUAGAGAGGAAUGCAUAAGAGAAAGCCCUUAUGCCACUAGAGAAGAAUGUCUUAGAGAAAAUCCGUACGCAACUAGAAACGAAUGUGGGUAUGCGUCGAGGAACGAAUGCAUGAGAGAAAGCCCUUACGCUACAAGAAGCGAGUUAAUUGCUGAAAGCCCAUACACCAAUAAACAGGAGAUGAUGGCAAAACAAAACGAUUCACUUUACAGUGAGUCACCGUAUUCUAGCAAAGAGCAAAUGCUGCGAACGAGACUAACGCCUGAUACUUCUUAUGCAACUAAAGAGGAAAUGUUGCGACAAAGAUUUUCUGAAUCUCCAUACAGCACGAAAGAAGAUAUGCUAAAACAAAGAAUGGAUUUGUCCGCUAAAGAGCCAUUGUACGGAAAAAGGACUUACGAUCCGCCUCCCGGUACAUCAUGGAACGAGAACAAUUAUGGUGUUAGGUCUGACAGGCGAUUACAGACCCCUGUGAACUAUCCCGGAAGGAUAUCACCCAUGAGUAAAUGUAUGAGCGAGCCACCAUAUGCCACCAGAACAGAAAUGAUGGCCAGGCUUGGGCAAACUGAGUCUCCUUAUGCCACUCGUGCUGAAGUAAAAUCUAGUUGCUCGGAUACACAGUCACAAUACAGCACUCGACACGAAAUGAUGGAUAUGAGAAACGAUGUCAGACCGGCUUCCGCAGAGUGCACUUACGUAUCCAAACAAGAAAUCUUGUCUCAGAAAGCAGCUAUGCUAGCUAAAAAAGAAUCAACUUACGGUAUACGUUUAGAGGAGAAGCUAGAGAUAAUAAAACAAAGAAAUCAAGCAAAGAAAGAGAUGAUAUAUCAGACUAGAAAGGAGGCUAAUGAAAGUGAUGCGGCUAAGAUAAGGGAACCGCUGUAUGUGUCGAAGAGAGAUUUGAAGGAGAGUGUUAUAUACGAGUCUCAUCAGGAGGCCAAAGAAGUGGUACAGCCUGAGGAGCAGGAGAGUAGUGGCAGCUCAAGGAGCAGCCCGUACGAGCUUGGUGACGCUAAUCACUUGUCUCGUAGAGAACCUGUAUAUCAGACAAAGGCUGAAGCAGAAAACGGUAAAGAGAUUGAGACAUUCCAAGAAAUCGACUUCUCUAAACUGAGGCUUACGGAAUCAAAAACGGACGCAGAGAAACAAAAAUCCAAGAAUUUGGAAACUAGCAUUCUGAAAGGCGAACCAAUGUAUGCUCCCAGGCUACAUGGAAAAGCUGACCACAUAUCUAACGCUUUGAAAGUAACCACUGCUCCAGUUCCGUACGAAUCAACUACAUCCAUGGAAACCCAGUAUGCGUCUGAAUGUAGCAUGAACUUCGAAAAUAAGCCACAGAGCACACCGUAUACUUCCCAAGAUUUACUUGAGAAAGCGAACAAACCAAGCAGGAGCGUGACUUUUUGUGAACAAAUAUUAGAAAAGAGUCAAGAGAACAGCGAGGAGAAUUCUCAAAAUAUGUCAAAUCAGAACGAGACCACUGUGAUUCAGCAGAAUACUACGGUAAUACCAUCAACUUCUGAUGGUAACGAAACAAACGGUGCUAACAAACCUGAUGAAGUAGAACCUGAUGGUCCACACACGACUUGGGGAAUAUUCGACAGCGAAGGAGGGGUGCUAGAGGAUAGACAAUGGGGCGUUUCAUUAAUAAUACCACCAAAAGCAAUAGCUCCAGGAAUCAAGCAAAAAAUCUACUUUACGGUGUCCGAUCCGCGACUGAGCCAGCGAGUGGGGGGACCUCCCAUCGAUAUGGACAACGGUGAAGCGAUGCUGUCCCCACUAGUGAUGUGCGGUCCCCAAGGCCUCGUGUUCCUGAGGCCUGUGACCCUCCGGCUGCCUCACUGCGCGAACGCCGUGCCCUCACUGGGCCUCACGAUCAAGGCCACGGACACUGAAGCACAUCUCAGCACGGACUGGGACCAAAUACACCUCCCUGCGACAACCACUCUAAACACUGUAGCUGUUAAAGUUGAUCACUUUUAGUAUUUGAUUGUAAACCAUAUUGUCAUGACGUUAAGUUUGAAUUUAAUUUGGUUUCGCAUUUAUCAAGCAUUUACGUGUCGAUGCUUAUUUAAAAAAUGAAAAAAAAUUAGUGCUAAAAGUGAACAUUUUUAUAUCCAGUGGUUGGUAAAAAAAAAUAGUAUUAAAAUGUAAACUUUUAUUUCGUUUGGCAUUCCCACCUAUGUAUCGUAUCAGCCUUGUUUUGGUGAAGUAGUGGUGCUAAUUAAUACGUAAUAUUAUCUCUUUACCUUCAGUGGGUCCUGACGUCAAUGUAAGGUGCACUAGGAAUAAAUUAUGACCCUGAAGCCUUUCAAAGUAAAAGUGGAAGCGAGAUAGCACUAUACGACAUAGAGCGCCAUCUAUCUUCCACAAAUGUUACUUUAUGAGGCGAUGGUCUAACGUCAUAUUCAGUAACUAUAAUAUUAUAUCUAGUUCAACAUAUAGAUAACGUAGCGUAGAAUAUAAUUUACAUUUAGUAAAUGCAUAUUUUUAUAUCCUUAGAUCCAUUGGCGUUCGGUCUCACGAGAAUAGAAUUUACUGAAUCUCAUAUUGUAGAGGUUUGAUUCGAGUGAUAUUGUGUGAGAGGAUUGUACAGAAUGAAGUGCUUUAGAAAAGCUAUCGAGCAAGUGACGAUUGUCUGAUAUUACUUUAUUUGAUUAAGAGGCCUUACCAUACCGUAAGUCUUUAGUUUAAAUGUUCAUAUAAUGUAAUAUUAUUAUUUAAUCAAUUAAUAUUUAGCAAUAAACAUUGUAUCGGAUUGUUAGAAAUUAAAUUUGAUUUUUAUUAUUAUUCGGCUUCCGUAGGAUUCGCAAUGUUUUUUUUUAUAUUGCAUUACUUGAGUCCGCCUUUUGUCGCCUCGUUUUAAGUUUAGACCUUGAGGCAGCUUGAAUUGCUAAAGAAUUUUGAACCUUAUUCUCUUGCAAUAAGGGCCAAUGAUUGUAUUGGUGUAUACUUUCUUAACACACUGUAUAUUUCUUGUUACUAGUGAUAACGACGAGUUUACCUUUGACUUGAUAAUUAAAUUUUAUAUGUAAUGAAAAUA